CAGAGUCGUUGCUUAUUCUUAAAAUCUCGUAAUCGGCAAAUGAGCAGCCAUAUUGUUUCGAAAGCGGAAGUGCGUCUCUUGGCGGUAAAAUUUAAAUGAGUUUCAAAUAUUGAGAAAUUAUGUUACAAAAAAAUACAUAAAUAAUGAGAAAUAAAAAACUAGUGUCCACUUUCGAACAAAGAAAUGAGCAAUCUUCCUCUUCAUCUCUGGUAGCAGUUCAAGCCAUCAGUAGAAAAAUCACGGAAUGGAAAGCAUAAGUAUAAAUGAAUUAUCUGAUCUCGGUAAUGUAUUUUUAUUCACCUUAAAAGGACCGCAAUUAAAAAUUUAAUCUAAUAAAGACACGUCGACGCUAUAUAUAAGUACAGUUUUACAUAAACUGGAAGUUUCGUCAUACGAUAUAAGAUAGAAUAUAUUUUUAUACUUGACGAGAUUCAAUGAAACUUCAAAUAAAACUUUAAUUCAAUUUGUGAUACGAUGAAGCAUAACAUUUUACGUGUUGUAAACGUCCAAUUUGUACAGAAACGAUUCUUUAAGAAGGUACAAGUGAGAGUCAGAUUUGCACCCAGUCCAACUGGUUUGUUACACGUAGGUAGUUUGCGUACCGCGUUGUAUAAUUAUUUAUUUGCACGUGCUAAUGAUGGUGCAUUCGUUCUGCGAAUCGAAGAUACUGAUCAAACCAGAUGUGUACCAGGAGCAAUGGAAAAGAUCCAAAACGACUUGCUAUGGUCUGGAAUCAUAGCCGACGAGGAUCCAAUAAGAAAUGGGCCUGUUGGCCCCUACGUACAAUCUAAACGACUCGAUUUAUACAAGGAACAAGUGGAAAAGCUUAUAGAGAAUCAGUCUGCUUAUUACUGCUUCUGCACGGAGCACAGGCUAGAAUUAGUGAGAAAGGCAGCACUAAAAUCUGGACAAGUGCCUAAGUAUGAUAAUAGAUGUAGACAUUUAAAUGCUGACGAAGUGAAAAUGAAAUUGAAUAAGGGAGUUCCUUUUUGUAUUAGGUUCAAGUUAUCUCCAGGUGUAGAACGUUUUGAUGAUUUAAUAUACGGUGAAAUAACUCAGAACGUCGGGGAGAGGGAAGGAGAUCCAAUUAUCAUUAAAACAGAUGGGUAUCCGACUUAUCACUUUGCAAACGUCGUUGACGAUCAUUUUAUGGAAAUAUCUCAUGUAUUACGGGGAAUCGAGUGGCAAGUAUCUACACCUAAGCACAUAAUGAUGUAUAAAGCAUUUAAUUGGACUCCGCCUAUAUACGGACAUUUGCCGUUAAUAUUAAAUUCCGAUGGAUCGAAAUUAUCGAAGAGGCAAAAUGAUAUAACGAUUGAAUCCUUUAGAAAAGAAGGAAUUUUUCCAUUAGCAGUUUUAAAUUAUGUUAUUCACGCCGGUGGUGGUUUCGAUAACAAGGGUGGUGCCAAUUACAUUAACAGUUAUGAGGAAUUAAUUAAAGAAUUUGAUGUUUCGAAAAUAAGAGUAAGUUCUGGGAAACUUUCGCCUCCAAAAUUGCUGGAGUUUAACAAACUAGAAAUAUCGAAAUUAUUGGCGUACGAAAAGAAUAAGAAAUUUUUAAUCGAACGCAUUAAGAAGUUGGUGACGGAAGCAUUCCCAAAUAGACAAACGGAUGGUAGUUUACAAUUAGACGAACAUCAUAUAAUGUCUACGUUAAAAUGGGCACAGAACAGAAUAUCGAAAUUGAAUGAUUUAGUAUCUCCGGAUUUAGAAUUUUUAUGGAUUGUACCCGCUACAUCAGCGGACAAUACUUACUUAGACCAUAUAGAUACGCUUAAAAUAUUAAGUACAAAGCUUGUUGAGAUUAACAGUGAAAAUUUUAAUACUGCAUGGAUGAAUAAGUACCUUAAAGAGUUUUCUAACGAACAUGAUAUAUCGUAUGCGACACUGAUGAAAUGCUUACGUUCUGUAAUUUGCGGUUUGAAAGCGGGUCCACCAGUAGCUGAAAUGAUGGAGAUCUUAGGAAAGGAGUCGACGCUGCUGCGAAUAAAACGUUGUACUUCUUGAAAAUAUGUGAUCACAUAUGUUUGCAAAUCCAGAAUCAAUACUAGAUGUUAAGCUCUUCAUAAUAAAUUACUUUUUCUUAUUGAUAUAAAAUAAUGCAUAACUUGGGUAUCUAGUCAAUUUCAUCAUUUACGAGAGUCUCGAAAUAAUCGGAAAGGAAUAGAACUUUAGAAGUGCCAUAUAAUUGUGUCUCAGAGUCGUCAAACUUGUGAUUGAUCAUGUGCUGUUAUGUAUUAAUUGUACAUAAACAACUUGUGCAACACACAUUAAAAUAUAAGAUGAACAUA